UUUCCUUUUUUGUUCACACAAACAAUUCCAAUGAUAACUUUUAUAUGUACACCACAAUUUGCAGAAACACCACAGCAACCCAUAAUAUUUCAACCCUUGAUUUACCUGCUGAUCUCAAUAACUGUUUUUUAUGCAUUGGAAAACAAAUUGGCUCUCAGGUUUGGGUCUAAUGUGAUCAUCCUGGAGACACAAACUGUCCCGACUCCCGACCAGAACGAACAACUUUACCCUAAAUCCCUAAGCCCCUUUGCGGCAGCUCGCUGGCUCACCCACAAUCGCCGCUCCCCGGCCAGCCGCCCAUCCUUCAUUUUCUUCAUCCGACAGCCACGAGUUGAGGUAGUUUGGUAAACUAGGUGAGAAUUGGAAGGAACUGUGCUACAUGUAUAAUAAGGAUGGGCUAAUUCACAACCAUAAGCCGGGGUUUUUUCUGCCUGGACAUGUAAUCAUCGUCAAGAUAUCAAAAGUUCAUAUACAUUAAAGUUUGCGUACGGGCAUUGGCUGAAAGGCAGUUUUAUACUGCUUUAAAGUAUCUGUUUUAGGAGGAGGAAUCAAAGCUAAAGCUAGUGUUUGGAUCUUCUCAUUUAUCGAACACAAUUCAAUCGCAACCAUCAAAACACAAUGCUGUUUGCGGCCAUAACAGGUUCUCCUCUUCCAUUCUCUUCUACAAAUUUCUCCUUUUCAAAGUAUUAACAAGAAAAAGAAAAGGAAAAAAAGAAGCAACUACUGGUAUUGAUUAGUAACAAAGGAAAGAGUGAUGCUAGGAGUAAACCCUUAUGUCCCUUCACUGUCAAUGUUCAAGAAAAUCCCAUUUUCUUUUCUCUACUGGAAUUGUUUCCCUCGCAGUUUGCGUCCCUUUGGUACUUGCCAUUAUCAUUUAUUUCUCAAACCUGUUAGUAUUUUGAAUUUUCAUGUAAAUUACUUUGCUGUGGAUAAAACAAGAAAUUUAUCCACGGUUGCUACUGCUGCUAAAUCAACCGUUAAUACAUCUAAUAGUACCAAUGCAAUGUCCAAUAAAGCAAGGAAGAAAGCACAUAGAGAGUCACCUGAAAGUGUGCUUAAAUAUAAGCUUGAUAUGUGCUCUAAGCAUGGUAACCUUGUGGAAGCGCUUCGUUUGUAUGAGGAAGGCAGGAGUAACGGAGUUACUCUAAAGCAGCACCAUUACAAUGUGCUGCUUUACUUGUGUGCUCGUGAAGCGAGUGGAGAUGGGGUUGAGUUGAAGGAGUUAGGGCUGAAGAGGGGUUUUGAGAUUUUCCAGAAAAUGGUUGGAGAUAAAGUUUCUCCUAAUGAGGCUACUUUUACAAGCAUGGCGAGGUUGGCAGUAGCAAGGGAAGACCCAGAUUUGGCUUUUGAAUUGGUGAAGCAGAUGAAGAGUCUAGGAAUUCCACCGAAACUCAGGUCAUAUGGGCCGGCUUUGUUUGGAUUCUGUGAGAAGGGGAAUGCAGAGAAAGGAUAUGAACUAGAUGCUCACAUGGCUGAAUCUGGGGUGGUGCCUGAAGAGCCUGAGCUUUCUGCUCUUUUGAAAGUUAGUGCUGAUACAAAGAACGCAGACAAAGUGUAUGACAUGUUGCAAAGGUUGCGAGCCACAGUGAGGCAGGUCUCAGAAUCGACGUUUCAAAUUAUUGAGGAUUGGUUUAAAUCGGAGGAUGCUGCAAAAGUAGGUGUUGAGAGUUGGGAUGUGAAUAAAAUAAAGAAAGGAGUUGUAGAUGGAGGCGGAGGGUGGCAUGGGCAAGGGUGGUUGGGAAGUGGGAGAUGGAGGGUAAUGAGGACUAAGAUGACCAAGAAUGGUGUGUGUUGUUGUUGUGGGGAGAAGCUUGUUAGUAUUGAUAUUGAUCCAAAAGAGACAGAAAAUUUUGCUACAAAAUUAACUGAAUUGGCAUGCAAUAGAGAGGUUAAAGCUCAUUUCAUUCAGUUCCAGGAGUGGUUGCAGCAGCAUGGACCAUUUGAUGCAGUUGUAGAUGGUGCAAAUGUGGGUCUCAUCAAUGCAGAUAGUUUCAAUUUUAACCAGCUUAAUAAUGUUGUAAAUCAAUUACGGCGAAUGAGUCCAUCAAAAAGGUCCCCACUAGUUAUUUUGCAUCAAGGUCGGGUAACUAAUGGUCCUGCUAGGAAUCCCAAUAACAGGAAUUGGUUAGACAGUUGGAAAAGGGCUGGGGCACUUUAUGCUACACCUGCUGGUUCAAAUGAUGACUGGUAUUGGUUAUAUGCUGCUGUUAGUUGCAAGUGUUUGCUGGUCACAAAUGAUGAAAUGAGGGACCACUUGUUCCAGUUAUUAGGGACAUCCUUUUUUCCAAGAUGGAAGGAAAAGCAUCAGGUUCGGUUAUCUACGACGAGGCUUGGUCUUUUGCUUCACAUGCCACCUCCAUAUUCUAUUGUUAUUCAGGAGUCAGAAAGUGGUAGUUGGCAUGUUCCUAGUGUUGCAGGUGAUGAUCUUUUGAAUCCAAGACAGUGGCUGUGUGUUGAUAGAACCAGGAAUAAGUCGUAGCAGCAUUACUAAUGGACCCAGAUUGAAUUAUGGUAAAAAAAAAGCCUAAGGAUAGGAGUAAUUUACCCAAAAGAAUGUGCUGCUGUGUUAUGUCUGAUAUUGUUUUCAUUUUGUAUCUUUUUUAAUGUUUUUGUUUUCAUUUAAAAAAAAAACUAAUAAAACAAGAAACAGUUUUCUAAA